CCGAUUUCGACCGCCUUUUCGCCGUGCACGAAAUUUCCUGCUCACACGCAGCAUUGAGAGCAUGCAGGAAACCUCCAUUGACGCCCUCGGGGAUUCUGGCCCCCCACCAGCCCCCUCAUCCCGCAUGCAGCCAAGACUGAGAACCUUCGCUGAAAUCAACAAGGCAAGCGGCCCAGGCAACGCACAGGACUAUGCCGCCAGCCUGGUGAGUGAGCGGAGCUGCACGGCCCUCUCUUCUCAAAGGGAGGAAAACCCUUUACAUUGCAGUGCAUGCGUUGGGAGGGAGGGAAAAGAUGACGUCGUGUUGUUGUUUUCCUUCAGCGGCCUUUUCUAUCCAUCAAGGAGGGACCUGUCAUGGGUAUAGGGCCUUCAGUGGAGUAAAUCAUCAUCGAUCUGCUUCUCUCUCUCUCUCUCUCUCUGUGUGUGUGUGUGUGUGUCUCAGGUCCCCAUCCAUUGUCGUUGAAGCGUCAAUCGAAUCAGUAUUUGCUGGAGCCGGAGACCAUCAAGUCACUGGAAAGCACCAUGGAGGGACACCGGAGAGGCGCACACUGGUACUUGAUCGAAUAGACGUUCCAGGCUUCAGAGUCAGGAAUGUGUGUCUCUCUGCGGGUGGUGUCGGCUCGCAGGUUCCCAAACAGCAACUGCUGCACAUUCAAACCCCUCACUACCAUGACAAACGGUGAGGAGGCAGACUUGCAUCACCUUUCUUCACAUCGAUUUGUCUGUCUGUCUGUCUGUCUGUCUGUCUGUGUCUCUCUAUCUACACGUCUUUCCUCCUGCAGGAAAGGAACACAAGUCUGCCACCUCUCUCUUGAAUGAGCGGAAAAAGGUCAGCUACAAAGCAUCCCUCCUCGCUUGCCAUCGAUUCACACACAGACCAGCUCUCUCUUCUUGUCUGCCGUGCCUGCAGCAAGUUCGUUCGAGCAAGGACCCGAACGUGAAGUUCGACAAGGUCAGACUCGAGUCGCAGGAAAUCGGAUGGAAGAUCAAAACGGUGAGACGCUGACCUGUUUCUUAGGAUUAGUAUCCUGAUAUCGUCCUUCACACUUUGGUUGCUCUUCAGGCGAAGGUGGAGGGUCCCCCGCACGGCCUCAGAACGGUAAGCGGGCAAAAUAGUUCUGUCUCUGUGGUUGCGCGGGCUCACGUGUGUGCUGCGUUGCGUAUGUGUGUGUGAGCAGUCUCACGUGACGCGUUUCUACGACAACAUGCUGCUCACUAAGUCUCACCACAUCAUGAGGGGAGCACGCUGACUGAAUGGGCGGCCUACCUGCACAGUGGCACGCAGACGUACAUGGGACCUCUCCACGUCCGUCUCCCCAUCGGCUGGACGUCA